CGCUAGUAGUACCGGACUUAUUAAGAGGACGGACCGGGUUAGCAUAAACACCGAGGCCUAGAUAAAAAAACAACCAAAAAGCUUCGGAUCUACUAAGAUUUUCUUCAUGGUGUCCCGCAAAAGACAGUCGCGGGUGUGGAAGUACGUGGACGAGGGCAGUCUGCUGAAGCUGAAGUCGUACCUACGGAAGCACCGGGACCUGGACGUGAACUUCUCCCGGGGGAAGAGGCAGAGGAGCCCGCUGCACCUAGCCUGCUCCCUGGGGGACGACGCUGUCUUGCGACUGCUGCUGAGACACGGAGCAGAUGUCUUACAGAAGGACCACAAAGGAGACACGGCGCUACACAUCGCUGUCAACAGAGCUCUGAAACACGGGAAAACAGCGUAUGAUGACCUGGUGGUGCCUCUGAAAAAGAGCUGUCCAGAGGCCUUGACUUGUCCAAACAGAGCUGGAAUCACCCCCCAGGACCUGCUGGACUGGACGAAGCAUUCAGAGACUGGAGGAAACAUGAGCCAGCCACCUGGAACCGACCCUGAAAAGGAGUGGCAGGAGAAGCUGUUUGGUGAAUGCGAAGAUGAAUUUUACGAAACGUUUGGAGUAUACGAUGCUGAUGAUUUUCUUCCUCUUGAUGACGACGAGGAAGACUUUGGGGACUGGGCUGAUCGUAUCAGGAGAGAAUAUUUCAGUAAGAAAAACGCAGAAGCUCAAAGACUGGCAGCGUCUUCGUCUGGAUGGAAAAAGAAGAAGAGUAAAAAAGAGAAAGAACAAGAAGAGAUAAGCCAUAAGGAGCUGCACGAAAGGCUGCAGAAGGAACAUGAAGAGUAUCUGUCCAGAGCAGCACGCAAAGAGGAGGAGACUCGGCGAGGAAAGAAGCGCCACUACGAAGAGAGGUGCGCGGCCACGUUUCGCAGCGACUCCUCGGCAGAGAGCUCAAAGCUGAGCUACAGCGACAUCCCCUGGCCAUCUCCAAAAGGCACGGUGCAGGAGAUGGUGGAAGUGAUGCUGCACGGAGUGGACAGAAAGGACGUGCCGGCAUUUCGCAAGAUGAUUCUGAAGCAGCAAGCCCUGUGGCAUCCUGACAAGUUUGCCCAACGAUGCGGAACUCGGUUAGAGGAGAAAGACAAACAGCGGAUCCUGAACACGGUCACAGCUCUGUCACAGGAGCUCAACAGACUAGUGCAGAGUCUGAGGACUUGAAAGUCAUCACAGCGAAAACGAAUGCAUUCUAAUAUAACAGUGCUGCAUUAGAUUCAGUUUGACAGUAACACGAACUACAUCCCCCAUAGAGAUUAUACAGUUGAAUUACCACCUUUCUGAUGCUGUUUUAGCACGAAGGAGGAUUUAGUACAAGAUUGUUAGAUUAAAAUGGAUUUGUUUUCACUAUUGUACCUAAAAUACAUUCUGCACACACUUUUGUUGACAAUAUUUUGGUGCUAACUGUCCCUUCAGGGUUUAGUUAUGCAAGAAAAUGCACUUUCAGGUCAAAGCGAGUCUCGGAGGAGAGCUCCCUGAGAGCUGCCCACCUUUGAGGGCAGUUUUAUUUAUUUUUAGCUCCGAUUCGGCCCAUUAUUUGAAACACUGAAGUGACACAAUAACCGUUAUCGGUUGGUGUAUCAACAUCAUUUCAAUCAUAUGCAGUUAGCAAUUGUUGUGUUAGUGGACAAAUAACAAAGACCUACAUGUGCUUGUCCCUUUCAGGGCAUGUCAGCCGCGGUAAUGCUUAGAUCUAGGGUCACAGCAGUGACCUUUGGGUGACAAGCUGGCUUAAGGCUUUGAAGUGGACUCCGUCGUGUUUGAGUUUGAAACAUGCAAGUCAUUGAGACAGAAAGCAUGUGCUGAAAGAAGGUUGUGGAUUUUUAACAUGUGGUGUAAUUUAAGUUUCUGGAAAUGUGUUUGAUUGAACACUGAGCAUAAAAUAUUGACCCCGUGAUGAAAACAAUAAAUUGUCAUCAUUCA